AUGGCCAACACAAAUGCUGAUCCGGCCGCUGUGUCGCUACCAUCAUCUGGCCUCUCUUCGCCCCAAACCCAGACGAGGUCGCGCACCCAGAGCAUGUCGAGCGAUCGCCCUUCCACCAUUAUGAGCAUUGGCCUGAUGUCUCCUCCCCUCUCCGUAACACCCGAGCCCGCUUUCAUUGCCGCCUCGGCCGCUUCUCAGAUCGUCACCAACGAUCACGACAGUCACGCCGACACCUGGUACGAUCAGCAUGGAAUCGAACCCGCAGGCGAGACGGCUUUAGUGUCGACAGCCGCUUUGCAAUUGGUGAAUAGCUUCCUCGACCAGCUCCUCUUCAAUUUUUUGUCCGCCUCUCGCGCAACGACUCUUGCCGCCUUGAGACCCGCAGUGUCCGAAGUUUUGAAACCGAAACUCGCCAAAGAUGCCAUCAAUCAAGCCGACGAGGAGCUGCGGGAGUACCUUGGCGGAGGUGACGAGGACGACCUCGUCCAGUCGCAAGGUGCAGCCUCACCAAGAGAUUGGGACCUGGAACUUGUGUGGAAGCGGACGCGAUUGAGGUGCAUGGUGUACUCGUCGCUUGGUGAUAUGGAAGAGGAAGACGAAGACUACUACAUGGACCAGGAAAGUCUCAACCCUGCCGUGGACGAGCGUGGCCCCGAAGUCAUUUCUCCGGCAGUCGCUAUUUUUUUGACGUCAAUCCUCGAAUACAUGGGCGAACAAGCCUUGGUCAUUGCAGGCCAAGCCGCGUACCACCGCCUACGAGCGAAGUUCGAAAAGGAGCCCAAGGAGGGCGCGAGGAGCAUUGCCGAGGUUGCUGACAGAAUUGUGGUUGAGGAGCUGGACAUGGAACGGGUUGCUCUUGACAGAACUCUUGGCAGACUUUGGCGGGCGUGGAAGAAGAGGCUGCGCUCUCCUACUCUGGAACCGCGCCCCUUUUCGCGCAACUCUUUCGGCCUUCACAGACAGGCCAAUACUGCGGAGGCUCGCGAGACCGCGCUCCCUGCAAAGGGCCUCGGUAUUCAAGAAACCCCAAACGAGGAACCUGAAAUCAACGAGAUUGAAGAAUAUUUGAAAGCAUCGGCUAUCCCUCUACCAAUUGGGGAUCGCGAUAUUGACGAAAUCGAAGUACCGGGGUUGGCUUCCUACAGCGACGACGAGGAGUCGGAUUAUGAAGGUGCAGAAGAGCCGCCGGCGCAACGGCCAAAGAGUCUCAUGAUUUUUACUUCCCAACCCAGCAAUGAUUUGCCCACCCCCACAAUGUCUCAACCUCACACACCAAUUGCUCCCUCGAGUCGCAAGCGCUCCAACUCCUUACCCACCCCGUCUCCCUCGCCUUACACCUCGCCAAGUAUCAAACGCGGCCGGGUUGAACAAAUCGAGACUGGUUUAGUCGGUGAACACGCUGAGCCAAAAGACAAGGAAAUAUCCACAGAGGCUGUGAUCACAGAGGCUGAGGAAGCCCAGCCGAUCGAAACACUGCAGACCCAGGCCGAAGUCGCAAAGCCGGUCUUAGAUCAAGCGGAGGCAAAGCCACUGGAAGAGUCUAAAGCGGACUCUAGCGAAGCCCCCGAGCCCAAGCCUCGCAAUCCGAAUCGCGUCUCACAACUUGUCACCCCCGUCGCAGCGACCGCAGCGGCAACGGUUGCUCUCGUUGUAGCUGAUAAGACUUCAGAGAAAGGGACUCGGCAAGCAGAGGAAAGUGGCGACAUCGAUGACUUUACCGAAGAACCAGAGAUCUGCACUUCUUCUAGAGUCUCCAUCGCUGGGCGUAGCUCUCCGAGCAUCUCCGAGUCCGGAAAACCUGUCGUGGUCGCUCCCAAGCUGUUGCAAAGAACACCCAGCGUCCACUCGGCUCGCGUUGUUGAUGUCCACGGGCCUAAAAGUCCAGUGACCGGCUCGAGAGCGUCGUCGGUUGACGCUUCUGACCGCUCUCAGCAGGCUAGCCUCUCCCGUGCUAGCAGUGUCUCUCGCGUAACGCCUCCCAUCAUCGAAGAGCAGCCGAAGCCAGUAGAGAUUGGUACCAUUAUUCGGUCAUCAACAUCAACACCGCGUACACGGACACGGUCGCCCGCUGAGAAAUUGUCGCGCAGACAGAACACAAACGAGUCCAUCUCGGAAGUUGACGAGGAUGCCCAAGCUCAACCCGCACCGUCAAGAAUUACCUCGGCUGCGUCAACGCCAACGCCCACCGCCGGUACUCCUGGAAUCAGGUCUUCUCAGGCCAUCUUCAAUCCCGCCCAGCGCACAGAGUCACCUCGUCACGAUCACACUCAAUCAGCCACCAAAAUCACCAUCCUGAGGGAUACCCACAACAAUGGCCCUAUCGCCGAGGAACGCGUGCCUUCGCCGCGCCAUCGUUCUCACGCGGCACCAACCUUGCCCGACCGCAACGCUGGCCGGUCAACCCACGGGACGCACUCCCCAGCGGCGAGCAUCGGAGUCGUGACCGUUGAGCGAUCUGCUGCUGCUGGCCGCGACUCCCCUGAUCGCCCUCGGCAUAUGCGAACCUCUGGCUCCUCUGGCUCCUCGAGCACAGGCAAGAUCAGAGCCGUUAGGACUUCCGAAGAUAGCAAGGCUUCCGGCCGUGCUGAUAACCUCGCUCGUAACUUCGAGGAACUGAUUCAAAGUGACCAGACCAUUCAGUACACGCUUACGCCAGAGAGCAUGCGUGACAUUGAUGGAAACCGGGCACAGAGCGCGAGUCCGGUUGUUGGACCCAAGUCGAGGAGAAGCGAAGACGCCCGUACAGCCUUGAACGGCGAACGCAACAGGUCCGUCUCUGGAAUCGACAUCCGAAGGACUAUGUCUGUCAGUCGCACAACGGGCCUGAGCUCGCACCCACCAGAAGCCAGGAACAAAGGUUUCGUUCCGAAGGCACCUCCUAGCACGACCUUGACUCGGUCCCGUACUGGCGGCCCGCAGGCGAGAGACGCUCGGGUGCCCCGUGAUACCGCGAUGAAUGACUUUGCCGACUUCAUCAGGGCUACCGGCCCGACGGCUGACAAUGGUCCUGCACCGCUACGUAACGUAAGCGGUCCAGUGCCGCCUGUGAAACACAGCCUGGAUUCAAGACGUAUAUCGUCUCCGAACAACCGGCCACGCCUUCAAGCGCGGGAUGCUGCCGUCGACAAUCGCGAGGAUAACUCAGACCUCAUCGACUUUAUCCGACGAGGACCACCUAGCUCGAAUAACCCCCGUAUUCCUCGGACUGUGGCCCCAUUCCGAACAACAAUGGAUUCCGACCAGAUGUCGGGUGCUGUGGGGGGUAAGGCUGUUGAUGCCAGCUUGCCAGACAUUCGAUAUAGUCAAGCAUCGACCAAUAUGACGGACAUAACCCAGCCCUCCGUCCAGUCGUCGAUCAACUCACAGAGCGCUCUUCUCAACAAUCGCCCCAGUGGCAACGGCUUUGACGACGACGAUAUGAUGCCCAAGCGCACUAGACGUCGUGUGCGCGACCCCUAUGCCAUCGACCUUAGCGAUGAAGAUGAGGAGGACUUGGCGCAAGCCGUUCGGCCUCCCCCGAAGAAGGAGGAGAGCCUGGCAGACUUCUUGAAAAACUAUUCGCCUCCCCCCGAGCCCGCCGCGGCCCCGCACAACGUUCCCAAAAGGAAGGCGAGCGCUCCCAGUCUAAUCGGACGCUUUUCCAGAAAGGACAGCAGUGCAGGGUCGAAUAGCGCAAAGCCAGCCAAAGUUGACAGUCGGUCUUUGAACAGCCGCGCUGGAGGAGCCCAGGGCCACGUUCCAAUCCAAGUAAACGCUCCUGGCCAAGACAAGUACGGGGCUUUUGACGCUACUGCCAACCGUGCAGCCAUGCAUUCUUCAGGGCGCGUGCCGAUGAAGAAGUUUGAGCCAAGGGAGGCUGUCUCGUCUACGAGUCGAACUAAUGACCUGGCCUCAUUCCUUCGCAGCUCCGAGCCGCCGCAGAUGACGCCUGCGGCCCGUUCCACUCCGGCUGCGGAGCCGCAGCAACAAAGCAGCAGUAGCGGCUUUUCCAAGAUGUUUGGUCGCCGGAAGAAGUCGAGCUUGGCUUAG